UUACAAUCGCGGUAAGGGGCCAGCGGCUGCGGGUCUCUGGCUCCCACCCUGCAGCACCAACAUCUGUGCUCCGGAGCCAGGGGUUAUGAAAACAAACACCAUGCUCCCUCUAAGUUACCCUAGGAGAACCAUGUCAUUUUGUUAAAACACCUGCAGGAAAGGACGCAGCACAUUUCAUCGAUAACACCGAUGUUUCAUCCUGCUUUGAGAACCAAGACAAUGGCUUUAUUCCCAGUGGUGCUGUUUCUGCUGACUGUGCUGCUUCCACCUUUACCUGCUGAGGGAAAGGAUCCAGUUUUCACUGCUUUGUUAACCACCCAGACACAAAUACAGAAGGAGAUUGUAAAUAAACACAAUGAACUAAGGAAAAGAGUUUCUCCACCUGCCAGCAACAUGCUAAAAAUGGAAUGGAAUAGAGAAGCAGCAACGAAUGCCCAGAAGUGGGCAAAUAAGUGCACUUUAGAACAUAGUACUCCAGAGGACCGACAAACCAGUACAAAAUGUGGUGAGAAUCUCUAUAUGUCAAGUGACCCUACUUCCUGGUCAACUGCAAUCCAAAGCUGGUAUGAUGAAGGUCUAGAUUUUGUUUACGGCGUAGGAUCAAAGAGUCCCACUGCAGUUACUGGACAUUAUACUCAGCUUGUCUGGUACUCAUCUUACCGUGUUGGAUGUGGAAUUGCCUACUGUCCCAAUCAAGAGAGUCUAAAAUACUACUAUGUUUGCCAGUAUUGUCCAGCUGGUAAUAAUGUGAAUAAAAAGAAUACUCCUUACCAACAAGGAAUACCUUGCUCCAGUUGCCCUGGAAACUGUGACAGUGGACUAUGCACAAACAGUUGUGAGUAUGAAGAUUUCCUUAGCAACUGCGGUUCUUUGAAGGCCAGUGCUGGCUGUGACCAUGAAUUGCUCAAGGAGAAGUGCAAGGCUACUUGCUUGUGUGAAAACAAAAUUUACUAAAAUGCCUAGUGUGAGUUGUGCAGGACUACCUGAAGAAGGGCUACAUCCUUUAACACAUUCUAGGGGAAGACUGUAAUAUAUUAGCUACAAAUUUGAUUCCAAACAGCAAUUUAGCUUUUUUCUCCUGGAUAUUUACAGAAAUCUUUGAUCAAUCAAUUUAUAAGAGUUGCAUAGUCUAAUGACAGCUUUAGACUUGGAUAUAAACUGGGUGCUGUAAGCUUAAUGAACUGGAUCAAAUUGGAUUGUGAGAACUGUAUAAUCAGAGGACUUAAGUCACUAGAACUGUAGGUCAAGAUGGAGAAAACAUGUUUCCGGAAACAACAUGUCAAAACAGAAAAAACUGUGACAUCAUUGUUACUCUUUACUAUGUGGUUGCUUACUUGCAUAAAGAAUGAAUUCAAUGGCUGGCAUCUACAUUGGUCUUAAGGCUUUUCUUGGAAAUAAAAUUGAUCAGCUUUUUAAAUAAAGAAUAUAUCAAAGC